GCUGUGGAGACUUUAAAUUAGAUGAUGUGAGUCUACUCAAAGAUCCAUGUCCUUUACCAGACAAAGAAAAAAAAAGAAGUCUUAAUGAGAGGGAGAGAAUGGUUUAUGCCCCAAUGUCUGGUGUUGGAGGUAUAGUCUAUGACAAGGAUGCUGUAUAUAUUGAUCUYGGUGGAAGUCACUCAGCAAGAAAUCAAGCUGAACUCAGAACAGAAGAAGAACAGGAUGACAACAGGGCUGGUAAUGAACUAGUUUCAUCUCUAAUAGAUACAAAGCAUACCUUGGACAGCAAGAUGGCCUCAAGUCAGAUGACUUUAUUCAAGGAUGGAACAUCAGUCUCCAUGGAGGAAGUGGAAGAAACAAAUGGUAAACCAUCUCAACGAUUAGUCCAAAGUGAAGAUGGGCGCAUCAGACGGAAGGCAGUAUUUGAAGAUGAUAAAGAUGAGAAUGAAAGUGACUUGAGUGACGAUGAUGAUGAUGAUCAAGAAGAAGAACAAGAAGAUGAACUUGAAGAUAAUGAAAAUGUAGAAGAAGAGGACCAUAAAGACAAGGACAGUGAUGAGGAAGAGGAGAAUGACAACAACGAUGAAGAUGGUGGUACCAGUGGAAGUGACAUUGAUGACAAUAGUUUYGGAAUUUUUCAAAACAAAACAAAGAAAGGAUUAAAAAGAAAACUAAUGAAUGAAGAUGAGUAUGACUCAGAUCAAAGKGAAGUGGAAGAAGACACAAUAGAAUAUGACAUUAAACCUAAACAGAAACAAAACGAUAAARGAAAGGAAAAUGGAAUUGAAAGUAUUGAUGUGAAAGAAAAGAAAGGGAAAGGGAAAAUGAAAGAGAAGUUGGAAUCUAGUGGAGGAUUAGAAACAGAACUAAAAAAURGACAAGAAAAGAAAAAAGAAAAACAAAAGAAAUCCAAAAAUGAUAAAUCUUCAGGAAAGGAUAAAUCUUCAAAUAAGGACACUAUGGAUGUGGAUGAUGGUGAAAUUAGCUUCAAAAGAAAACAAACUAAAAAUGUAGAGUUAGAAAGUGAAUCUUCUGAGGACAGUAACGAUGAUGAUAGUGAAGAUGAUGAUUAUGAUAUUGAUGAUGAUGAAGAUGCUAUUCAUAAUGAAAGCGAUGAUGAUGAUGGUGGUGAUGGUGGAUAUUCUAGUGAUUCUGAUCAAGAAAUGCAAGAUGCUACCUUGGACAGUGUAGUGGAUUUUCCUACAGAUGUUGAAAGAGGUGAACUUAAGUGGAAAGAGAAUCUUCUUCAGAAGGCUAGUGAACUGUUCUACAAACACCAGCUGACAACACCCAACCUGCGCAAGCUGGUCUAUGGCAAGAUUAUCAAAGAAACAACAAAAGAGGACCAUAGUGAGAGUGACGAUGAACAGAGAGUUGGUGGGUUUUUUAAAGUAAAAUCAAAGCAUCAAAAGACCGAUGACAUCAUGCACCAGAGAGAUUGCUCUUUGGAGCCUGAUCUAUCUGGGAUGGACUGGGACUUAGAGGAAGUUCAUGAGAGUAUCAAGGACUGUUUCGUGACGGGAAAGUGGAAUGAAGAUGAGGAUGCUGAAAAACUGCUCAAUCAGGAUGAUGAAUUAUCAGAUGAUGAGAUAUUUGGGGAUUUUGAAGACCUGGAAACAGGAGAGUCCCAUACCACAUCAGAUCGUAAGAGUACUGGAGAUAAGAAACCUGAUGCGGAUGAGGAAGAAAACAGUGAAGACAACCAACAGAAGGAAGAAGAAAAGGAAGAAUCAAGAAUAGAAAAGAAAAAAAAGCUGAAGGCAGCAUUCAAUGCACAUUAUGAUGAAGGGGAUGAGGUAUCGUUCUAUGAAGAGCUCAAGACGCAGAUGAAUGAACAAUCUCAGUUGAACCAACGUGAGUUUGAAGACAUGGAUGACGAAACUCGAGUUCAGUAUGARGGUUUUCGCCCAGGAAUGUACGUCAGAAUUGAGUUAAAGGACAUGCCCUGUGAGUUCGUGACGAACUUUGAUGCCAAAUAUCCCGUMAUCCUUGGCGGCGUUCUAUCCAAUGAAGACAGUCUCGGAUACAUCCAGGUUCGAGUUAAGAAGCAUCGCUGGUUCAAACGCAUUCUUAAAACACGUGACCCACUUAUUCUUUCGAUUGGAUGGCGACGGUUUCAGUCAAUGGUUAUGUACUCCAUGCAAGACCAUAAUGGACGACAUCGGCUAUURAAGUACACUCCAGAACAUCUUCAUUGCACUGCRACUAUGUAUGGGCCUAUUGCUCCACCGACUACAGGAGUUUUAGCUGUACAGAAUAUUGCUGGGGCAACGGCCGAUUUUCGCAUCUCGGCCACGGGUACCGUACUAGCACUCGAUAAGACUGUUGAGCUUGUUAAAAAGCUCAAGCUGACUGGUACGCCUUUUAAGAUCUACAAAAACACUGCUUUUAUCAAGGGAAUGUUCAAUUCGGCUUUAGAAGUGGCCAAGUUUGAAGGAGCUUCAAUAAGAAGUGUCAGCGGUAUUCGAGGGCAAAUAAAGCGUGCACUUAAGUCUCCCGAAGGGGCAUUUCGAGCAACGUUUGAGGAUAAACUUCUAAUAAGUGACAUUGUGUUCGUAAGGACCUGGUACCCAGUCAGUAUACCUAAGUUUUACAACCCAGUGACGUCAUUACUCCUUCCAAACGAGGCUAAGGCUGCGUGGAAAGGUAUGAAGACAGUUGGACAACUAAGGAAAGAACAGGGAAUCAAACCAGCUGUCAAGGAAGACUCCAUAUAUAAGCCGAUUGAACGUCAAACGCGGCAUUUCAAUCCACUUGUCAUCCCAGAGAAAUUACAGAAAGAAUUGCCUUUCAAAUCCAAGCCCAAAAACGAGAAAAAGAGAACGAAAAAAUCCUUGGAGGCCAAGCGUGCUGUGGUUAUGGAGCCAGCUGAGAGAAAGGUGUACACUUUAAUGCAUCAACUACAAACGGCUAACAAGGAAAAGAUCCGCAAGCGAAAGGAAAAAAUGGAAGAAAAAAGGAAAAUUCACAAAGCAGAGUUGACCAAAUUAGAAUCAAAGCGACAACAGAAGAGAAAAGAAGAGAAAAAGAAAGUGUUCAGAAUGAUGGCACAAGCAGAGAAAAGAAAGAAACGAUCUUAAACAUCUUUAAACCCAAAGAAAAAAUGACCCAUCAUUCUAAGUAAUUUCUAAGACAAUGGUUCACCACGAUUGAACAUAACGUUCACAGAAAAUAAUUUGGAGGCCGGAUAUGAUAGUUUUGUCAACAAGACUUGGGAAAAUGCUUGUUGAUGUUUCAACUCAGUUCCGAGUAGGAUAAUAAUUAGAAAUACCACACUUGUGACGACACCCUUGAGAUUUUGUGRAUAUUAAAGAUUUACAAUCAAACAGCGGAUGUUCAA